UCAUCCUCAGGCUCCGUCCUUCUUCCCCGCGGUGGCCCCAGCCUCCCCGCCAAGCUUCCCGGCCCCCGCCCCAUCCCGGGCCUGCUGCUGCGGAGACCGUGGGCCUGUGCUGGACGGCGCGGCCUCCAGAAGUGAUAGCUAAUUGGGGAGAGAAAGGGCCCAAUUGUCUGGCGGGGCCGGAAGAGCCGCGUGGGCUGCUGAAAGCGCCGGGAGGAGGUGGCCGCUUCGCCCAGCAGCUGCCGCCGGGGAUGUUUGCAGAUUACGUCAGCGCUGGCGAGCAGGGGGCGCGGGGACAGCAAGGGGGGCGGGCUCCCGGCGGCCUCCCACCCCCCAGGCCCCUGGACAAUGCUGUCAUUGUCAGCACAGAGAGUGGUUAAUUCUGGAUGAAUGGUACACGGGCCUCUUGACCAAGGAGGCUGCUCGUCGUCCCCAGUCUGUCCUCUCACAUGCCAGGGAGGCCCCGGGCUGGAGUCUGGCGGGCAGAUCUGGCCUGCUUGGUGGCACCGGAGAGAACAGGGCGGUCCCUUGGGGGCGCCGGCUGCAGAGGCCCCAGGCUGGACGGAGCUUCCUGACCUGGGUCUGCAUGGCAGCCACUUGGCAGUGCUGGGCUAGGGUGGCAGGGCCCCACUGCAUCUCAGUUCCAGGGCAGAGGCUGCUGCUGCCCUUUGGGGCUGACCUCAGGCAUGACCUCCUGGCCAGGUGGCAGCUUUGGCCCUGACCCGCUCCUGGCCCUGCUGGUGGUGAUCCUGCUAGCACGCCUCAUCCUGUGGUCCUGCCUCGGGACCUACAUCGACUACAGACUGGCCCAGCGGCGGCCCCAGAAACCCAAGCAGGACUAAGCCUCUGCACGCUGCGGCCUCCACGCACCCUGUCCCGAGACUCAGCCGGCCCUUCCAGUGGUGGUGGGAGGGAGGGGAGCAGGGCAGGCGCAUGAUCCCCAUGUCCCACCCCUGGGGCAGGAGCUCAGAGAGGCCUGAGAUGGAUUGUGCCUGCCCAGACUGACCAGGGCUGUCCCGUAGAGGCAGCUGGCCA